AUGAAACUCACUAAAAACGAGCCUCAUGUAAAGAACUAUCGACCGCAGGUUCUGGUGUUGAGUGGAGCACCUCACGAGAGACCGUCCCUACUCCAGCUGGCUUACAGCAUUACUCGUGGAACAAGUUUGUUAGUGUGCGGAAACGUUGUACAUGAAGCGAGCUCCGCUGAGCCUAGCAAGCAGCUGGCUACAGCCCGUCGUAUUGAAGAAAUGUCGCAGGCAGUACUACAAAGGCAACAUAUCAAAGGAAUUUGUAAGGUCGUGUCGUCGCACCGUCACUGGAUGCGGUAG